UUCCCGUCCCCGCCCCCGGCGGCCGCCCCCGGGACUCCUGGGUCCGAGCCCCUUCCACGUUUGGCGCGGAUCCCGGAUCCUGUAUCCCACAUCCGUCAGUGGCUUGGGCACCGGAGCCCCGCCGAGGAGCUCUGGAGGGCGCCGGGAUGGCGGAGCCGGUGAUGGCCGGGAGGUGAAGGGGGCAGCUGCGUGCCGGAAGGAGCAGCAGGGCGGCGUGCUGGCGAUGGAGCGCGCAGUGGAGCCCUGGGACCCGGAUCUUCAUGGCCCGGAGGAGAGGGAGCAGCUGAGAGGCGCCCGCACAGGUCUAGGGAGUGAGAAUGUGGAGAUUUCUCAGCCAGAUGAGUUUCAACAUACCCCACAGGAGGAUGACUUGGGGUUCAAGGAAGAGGAAGAUUUGGCCCCAGGUCAUGAAGUAGGAAAUGCCUCUCUCAAACCCGAAGGCAUCCAGACUUGGGAUGACUUGUGGGUGCAAAGAGAGGGGCCAGGAAAACCUCAGGCUCGGGGCAGAGGUCCCCGGCUCCUGGGAGAACCACGCUGGGGCCAGGCUAGUGAUCGGGCUGCUGUGUGUGGCGAGUGUGGUAAGAGCUUUCGGCAGAUGUCGGAUCUGGUGAAACACCAGCGGACCCACACAGGGGAGAAACCCUACAAGUGCGGGGUCUGCGGCAAGGGCUUUGGGGAUAGCUCUGCCCGUAUCAAACACCAGCGAACUCAUAGUGGUGAAAAGCCCUACAGAGCCCGACCACCAGCCCAGGGCCCCCCAAAGAUUCCUCGAUCCAGGAUCCCUGGUGGUGAGCGCCCCACUAUCUGCGGUGAAUGUGGCAAGAGCUUCCGGCAGAGUUCUGAUCUCGUGAAACACCAGCGGACACACACCGGCGAGAAGCCCUACAAGUGUGGCAUCUGUGGCAAGGGCUUUGGUGACAGUUCUGCCCGCAUAAAGCACCAGCGGACACACCGGGGGGAACAGCCCCCUCGGCCUGUGAUGCCCCGACGGCAGCCAUCUCGAGCAGCUAUGGCAGCUCCACAGGGACCUAAGGCCCAGGACAAGCCAUAUAUCUGCAUCGAUUGUGGCAAAAGAUUUGUGCUCAGCUGCAGCCUUCUGAGCCACCAGCGCAGUCACCUGGGGCCCAAACCUUUUGGCUGCGACGUGUGUGGAAAGGAGUUUGCGCGGGGCUCAGACCUGGUAAAGCACCUCCGGGUGCACACAGGAGAGAAGCCCUACCUGUGCCCUGAGUGUGGCAAGGGCUUCGCUGACAGCUCUGCCCGGGUCAAGCACCUCCGCACCCAUAGUGGCGAGAGGCCUCAUGCCUGCCCGGAAUGUGACCGCACCUUCAGUCUCAGCUCCACCCUUCUCCGCCAUCGCCUCACUCACAUGGAGCCCCAGGACUUCAGCUUCCCAGGCUACCCCCUGGCCCCCCUGAUCCCCAGCCCACCCCCCAGCUCAAGCCCACCCCCACCUCCUCUUGGCACUAGCCCCCCGCUGACACCUCGAAGCCCUUCACAUUCGGGUGAUGGGCCUUUUGGCCUGCCUGGUUUGGAGCCAGAGCCCGGUGGCCCACAGGCUGGGGAGCCACCCCCACCACUGGAGGGUGACAAGCCCCACAAGUGCCCUGAGUGUGGCAAGGGCUUCCGCCGAAGCUCAGACCUGGUGAAACACCAUCGUGUACACACGGGGGAAAAACCCUACCUCUGCCCUGAGUGUGGCAAGGGUUUUGCUGACAGCUCAGCCCGAGUCAAGCACCUCCGCACCCACCGUGGUGCACGGGCUCGGCCACCACCACCAUCCACUCUCCUAAGGCCACAUAACCCCCCUGGCCCAGCACCCACAGCUCCUCGACCCCGGGUCCAGGCCCAGCCCUCUGGACCCAGCCAGCUCCAUGUGUGUGGUUUCUGUGGGAAGGAGUUCCCUAGGAGCUCAGAUCUUGUCAAACAUAGGCGCACACACACUGGGGAGAAGCCAUACAAAUGUGCAGAGUGUGGCAAGGGUUUUGGUGACAGUUCUGCCCGUAUCAAGCACCAGCGUGGGCACCUGGUCCUGAGGCCCUUUGGGACAGGGGAUGGUCGGGCAAGGCCUCUCAAGGGAGAGCCACCAACAGAACUGGAAUGAUGGGGUCCAGGGAGGGUGGAGGCCCAAGAGACCAAAGGGAGGGUGUCUGCUGCUUAAGCAGAGAAGAAAGGGUCUGGGAGGUGGUGGGAGGGAGAAGGAUGGGAAGAAAUGGGAGAAAGGAGUGAACAGAUAGAAAUAGAGAUUGGAGACAAUGACCUUGAAGCUCAGGAAACUGUCCUGCCUGGGCUCAGAACCUUGCCAGUGUGGUCUAUACCCCUAGCUUCUAGAGCACUGCCUACUACACAGUGGGCACUCUAAUACUUGUUGAAUGAAUAAACUGGCCUUAACCUAAGGGCUCUUAAAGAACCCUAAAUUCCUGCUGUCUCUUAACCUGUUAAGAAUUGAUCCCUGGGCUGGCCCAGUGGCGCAGCGGUUGGGUUCGCACGUUCCGCUUGGGUGGCUCGGGUUUCACUGGUUCGGAUCCCAGGUGUAGACAUGGCACUGCUUGGCAAGCGAUGCUGUGGUAGGUGU